AUGUCUGCGGGGCAUGAGAUAGAGAUCAUCAAAACAGCCAUAUCAUCUUUUCAAGCAAAUACACAUACUGUGACCUGCUUGCAGCGACUGCUCUCUUUAGUUCAGACUCCAAGCACUCGCGACAAUGCCGAAAAAGCCAAACAGGCCGUUCGCCCUGGACAGGCCUCGCGCAAUCGGAAGACUAAUGGAGCUGAUCAUCAAGACUCUCAGAUAUCUGGCGCAAGUGAAAAAUCCAGAGCUCGACAGUAUGAGCCUGCCGAUAUACCACAAAAGACUAGGUUUGCGUUGGCCACGGAUAUCGUGAACCUUUCUCUCCGCGUCUUGACAGAUUGCUCUCGCAAGCGAGAAGCGCAAAAUAAUCUAUGUCCACGUGCUUCUUCGCCGCUUGAAUCCAAGCGAGCUAGUGAUGGGUAUGUUGUGUGUACAGCGGAAAUCGCCAGGCUGGGCUUCUUAUACUUGAGAUUGGUCGAUACCAAGAAACAUGGUUUGCGCGAACCUCAACGACUCCAGCUGGAGUCAGGGAUGCUGGCUCUUGUAGCUAGACUCGUGGCCUUGAACCUCGAUUCACUUGCGAUCAAGGAAUUGGUCGCUGUGAAGAAGAUGCUCGAAGGCGAUGCCACCAUAUCAAAGCCCGGGAAAAUAGGCGCAUCAAAGCAGAAAAGUGUCACCAGAGAAAGUGCAGCUACACUUCUCGAUCUCCAGGUUGACCUAGAAGGGCAACCCGAUCUGGUAACACCGCUUCUGAAUUACCAGACAUAUGUGCUACGCCUCAUGUCACGGCAAUCCGAUACUGGCUCAAUCAACGUUGCGAUCUGUAAUCUCCGUACAGAAAGCAAUGUCUCUCCGUUAAAAGUCAUACUACGGUAUGCCAGGAUCCCUAGUAAUCGCGAAAAGGCCAUCCGCCGUCUGGAAACUCUGGCUACAGUUUUGUCGGGCCUCGCUCCCGCCUUGUCUCAUUCUGCAGACAGUGUUGCUUGUGAUCCAAACUCGAGUCUUUCUCCCAUCAUUGCAUUUGAGCUUCACUGCCUCGCUCUGGAAACUCAGCUUGAGUUGUGGAAACUUGCUGGGCACGAAAUCGAUGCAGAACGGGAAGUGCUCCAACCUUAUUACAGAUGCCUGGCCACGGCGUUGCGCCGUGCCACGAAGAUGUCAUCGGUCAGUGACCUUCUUGAGCUGAGCAUGAGCUUCUACAAAAAGAUUCAAAUUGUAGCAUCUAAACAACUCGAUUCAAGCAACACGGCGACAGGCUUUGCAAUUCAUAAAACUCUGUCCACGUUGGCAGAGAGGGCAUCGCGCAAACGAGAAGCAAUAAUGUGGACAACAAAGGCUGAGCAAAAUAGUCAAGCAGCCGAGAGUAGCGCAAGACGGAUGUCUAUACUAGUUCAGCGAGCUCUGAGAGCCCUGGCAACCGACGCAAAUGACGGAACCAUUCUUAACCUGUUGGAAGCCGCUCGUUCCGCUUUCAAACAGGCUGUUUCUGGGACUUCGCAAGAUUAUGAGCUGCUACUUUCUGAUCUGGCGGAAUUCGUCCAGGGGCGCGCCGUUCCAGAUAAGGAGAUUUUCAGAGCAGUAUCUCACGACAUUUGUGUCGAAGCGGCUGCAUUCGCAACGCGGUUUUCCAGAACUUACCCUGAUCGUGACACAAAGAACUCUCUGGUCAUCAUCGAUGCUGCAAUUGCUGGAUCAGAUUCGAGCCAAGCCAUGAUCAAAUGGGUCGGCAAAGACACUUUCGGGAUAUUCAAACGCGCCGGUGUCUUGCGGGAUGUAUCCCAGCAUGCUGCUGCCAACUCAAUGCUUGCCGCGUGGUCAUCUUCUCGCGUUGCCACAACGUUCGGCAGAAUGAUUAAAGCCUUGAUCAUACGUGUUCACAAACAAUCCCUUCCGCGAGAUAGUUUGCUCGAGUGGGACGAGGAGAUUACUGAUCUCAGUGAGAAGGGUAUUCUCUUAGAAUGGCAGCUCAAAUGUGUCGUAGAGCUAGCACGCAAGACUCGCUACGAUCAAGUUUCCAAGGAAAUGGCUGCAGAAAUCCUGAGCAAACUAGCGCAUACUUAUUCUUCCACUGCCUUUCCAUUACGCCGUGCAAGAGUGGGACUUGUGGCGAUGCAGAUGAAGCAGGAGUGUUCCGAAGUAUUGCUUUCAAAAGCUGGACAUUCGACAUGGGCGGAAUGCUCAAUCGACAUCGACCAUAUGGGGCUCGACUCAGGACUCGUUGCCUAUGUGGCCAACACGAUGGCCAUGUCUGCCGUUUUCCGACUCUUUGGUCAAGGUCAGCCUUCCAUGGAGCAAAUUAGACCACAGAUAGAGAUCUGGAGAGGUCUACUUGGGACGUGCUCUGGGUCCCGUUCCGUGGCAGAUGUUGUGGAAGAUCCAAAUCUGCUGGCCAACCAAAUAUCUGGUCUGACGGAGUACUUCAUGGCACUGGGCGAAGCAUCGUCUGCGCUGACUGUCGCACUUUUACUCGUUAACUUUAGUCAAGCUGCGAAAUUCUCCAAAGUUGCACAACUCAGCAAUUUAAUCAGUUUGGCGCGAGCAUGUCUUGCCUGUCAGCUCGUAGAGCUUGCAGAGACUACCUUGGCGGAGGCUUUGGCCAUUUUGCGAACGACCGAAGAUACUGACACUAUACGUACAGAAAUCAUGCAGCUCCGCCUCUGUCAAGCGAGCUGUUCACUUAUGGCUAAUGAGAUAGCGAAGUCGCAGUCCUUCCUGGAUAUGGGCGAGCAGUUGCACCUCGAACAACGGUCGGGCACAUCUGAGAGCAGGUCUAACAGACUGCUCCACGGGCAAGCAUGGCUGAUACACUCUCAGCUCGCGCAAGCUCUAGGGGACCACUCGUCAGCACUUUGCAUGGCAAAGCGAGCCGUUAAAGUUCUGAACAUCGUGUGGUCCUUACUCGACAAGAAAGGCGAAAAGCAAGAGGUUGCCUCGGUGGAAGAAAGUGACGUGGAUACGGUGGCAGCAAAGAUUAGAAAACUCAAUCUGGGCAGUACCAAGGACAAGCCAGCCAGCUCUUCAAAUGAUGCGCAUCUACGAGCGGCGAUGAAGUGGCCGGUAAUUCCCUCGUUGUGCGCCGCACUCCUCCAUCUAUCUACCAUCUACAGACAGCAUGGGAUCUUUCAAGAGGCAAAGUUUUAUUCCGACCAAGCAUUGAAAGUUGCUGAAGCUAUAGGGCCAUGCGAGCUAUUGGCUCGAGUUCGAUAUCAUAGGAUUGGUCUGUUCAUUGUUGGGGGUUUAAUUGAGGAUGCUGAAUUGAGUCUUGCCGUCGGCAAUCAAGAGUGGCACUCCCCGUCACUAAUCAGAGUAGAACAACUUCAAGCCAAAGCCGGGGUUGCGGCCAAGAACGGCAGCAUAGAAGAAAGCAUAGAGUUCCUCGAUGAAGCUGAUCGAGAGCUCACAGUACUUGCUACGGCGGUACCAGUUAUUGAGUUCCAGCGCUAUGCCGACGGCGCAGAUCAAUCAGCCACUGGUGCUGAAAAGGCUCCAAUCCCGAGUCUCAAGAGCGCAAGGAACACCAAAGACUCGAAAUCGCGACCAGCAGCGCAACGAGCUAGAUCAAAACAAGCCGCCGCUUCUACUACUGCGAAAAAGGAAGAUGUUAAAGUUAUUCCUGUCGCACUACAGAAACUGAAAUCGAGAAUUCGUCUUGCCAAGCAGAGCCUUGAAGCUCAUACAGAUUGCUCCGCAGUGGACAUAAUGAUAUCGACCAACGUCGCUGGAGAUCGUGCCCCUGAAACGGAGACACAGCACUUGAAGAUGCGGACGGCCAUCUCGGAGACAACAGCUGCAGUCGCAAAAGAUACGUCUUCGGUGGUGCUUCAGGAAUCGACACUGGCAAUGCCCGCGAUAAUGGCAGGGGAGCUCCAUCAGAGUUCAGAUACGAAACGGCCUGCGAGGAAAGCUGAUAUACGACUUGCUGGCCGUAAAGCCCAAGCGGUAUCAGAGCACUCAAACCCAUCUGGUUUGCAAUCUGUGUGGGACCAUUUCGCCUCAAAAAACGCCCUGGUCGCAUCAGACAACACGGCGACUGCGCAUUUCGAAGCAUCGAUGCUAUGCCAACUAUCAAUGCUAAUGACGAUCACUUCGCACAGCCUGCCUGAGCCACAACUGGUCGCAUGUGCGAUUGAGUACGCUCGAAUGAACGCUUCUCGAAAGUACGCCUCCGUUGCUUAUUCUGACAGAGAGCAUGCCGAGCCACAAUCGCUACACGCGUGGCCCGAUAAAAAUAUGCUCAGCCCCACACAACAUCAAACGCCGGUUGAUUUUCAACAGUGUUACGUGGACAUCCUUCCUGCGACGUGGACGGCUGUGUCAAUGAGUCUCAACGCUGAAAGUGAUGAACUUUGUUUAACGAGAUAUCGAUGCUCGCAGCCUCCGCUAGUAGUACGCCUUCCGUUCGCGCGGCACAAACCAGACAGUGAGGAAGACGAGCCUUUCGACUUUCACAUGGGAAAAGAGGAGCUCAAAGAAAUUAUUGAGCUGUCCAAUUACAGCUGCCACAACGCUGGCGACACUUCCGCAAAGGGCGCCAAAAGUAAAUGGUGGACGGAGCGUGAGGCGCUGGAUCGCCGACUACAGGAGUUGUUGAUCAACAUUGAAAACCUAUGGCUUGGUGGGUUCAAAGGCAUUCUCUUGGAGAGCAGACCGUAUCCAGAAGCCUUGAUCAGGUUUCGCAAAGCUUUCGACGCUGUGCUGAAUCGCCACCUACCAUCCCGCCAGGUACAGAAGCGCGGCUCAGUACGGUUGUCGCUCGACGAUCAAAUCCUCGAACUGUUCGUCAAUCUUGGUACAGACGAACAAGAAGGCCUCGAUGAAGCAUUAUCAGAUUUGAUGUACUUUGUCGUCGACAUGCUCCAGCUAAAGGGAGAGAAUAAUGCGUACGAUGAGAUCGAUUUCGACGCCGCAGUCGUGGAGAUUACAGACGCUCUGCAGGCUUAUCACGACAGUGUUGCCGAUGAAGAUUCUUCGCGCGGUCAUAUUAUCCUUGUCCUGGAUCGUCGCCUACAUGUUUUUCCUUGGGAGAACAUUCCUUUUCUUGAGGGCGUUAGCGUGAGUCGGAUAGACAGUAUGAUCACGCUGCAUGACCGCAUCAUAGAUAUGCGCGCGCAACAGCGAUUCGCAGAAGAGAGCAUGUACACGAUCUCGCGAGAAUCCGGCUGCUACAUCCUGAAUCCCUCCAAAGAUCUCACUGCUACGGAGAAAACACUAGGGCCGUCACUUCACAAAUUACAGACCGCGGAGAACAAGUGGAUAUCGAUCGUUGGGCGGCCUCCAAGCGAAGAGGACUUUGUUUCGGCCCUUGCAAACUCGGCCAUCACUCUUUACUUUGGCCACGGUGCUGGUGCGCAGUAUAUCCGGACUCGAGCUGUCAGACGGCUGGAGAGAUGCAGUGAGGUGGUUUGGCUCAUGGGCUGCUCCUCCGGUGCAGCUACGGAGUAUGACUCGCUUGAGCCAUUUCUCGUUCCAUUGGCCUACCUCGUCGCUGGGCAGCGUUCGGAAGAUACCUCCAGCACAUCAGCUCCUGAGCAGGCAACAUCAGUGCAGAUCCCCGCGGGCGGGCGGACCAAAUGCAUGGCAGUUGUCGCGACACUUUGGGAUGUUACGGAUAAGGAUAUUGACCGCUUCUCACUGGCUAUUGGCGAAGAGUGGGGGCUCUGGAGCGAUACCCAAGAAGCAACGGCGCUACCAGCGAAAACGCCAAAAAAGCGCGAGGCCAUAGCUGUGUAUUCAACACCACAACGUCAACCGAAAACGCCGAAAACGCCAAAAGUCCGACCAACUCCUGCAGAGACUCGUACGCCAGCAAGAAGCCGCAGCCGACCUCGAGAUCGCAACAAAAGUAAGCAAAGCUUGGUGGACGCCGUGGCGAGGAGCAGGGAUGUGUGUUAUCUUCGCUAUCUCAACGGUGCCGCUCCUGUUGUCUAUGGAUUACCUGUAUACCUCGAUGAUUAG